UGACAAUUUCUGCUCAUCGCGAAAAGGGCCAUAUUGCAGUUGCAAAGACUCGUAGUAAAGUGCCUGUUAAAUUGUACUAUGAAAAGACAGGUCGAGCACUUUGCAAAGAAUCCUGAAUACACUACCGUUUUCUUUGAUAACCGGGGUGUUGGCCAUUCUGAUGCUCCCAGAGGUCUCUAUGCAACGUCGCAAAUGGCUCAAGAUACCAUUGAUCUUAUGGAUGCCCUUGGAUGGACUCAAGGCGUACAUGUUGCUGGAGUCUCGAUGGGAGGCAUGAUCGCGCUCGAGUUAGUCUUGGCGGAUCCCAAACGUUUCUCUUCUUUGUUGCUUACGUCUACCAACGCAGGUCGAUCACCUCCUCAGUUGGUGACAGUCUCUUUUCUUUCUCGAGUGGUCCUGCUCAGAGAGCCACACGCACGCAUCAAGCUAAUUUGCGAGACUCUUUAUCCAACUAAAUGGUUAGAUUCGCCAGCUCCUAAAGACUCUGGCUAUAAGACUAACCGUGAGAUGUCAGCAGCAAGUUUGAAGAGGCGUUUUGCAAACACACCAGUGCAGCCUAUCCAUGGCAACAUUGCUCAGUGCUGGGCGGCUCUCUUCCAUCAUGUGAAUGCGAAACGGUUAGCGCAGAUUCGUGAAUCGGGUUUACCUGUUCUUGUGGUCACAGGCACAGAGGACAACUUUGUCAGACCUUCAGGAUCAUACCAUCUGGCCAAGGAGAUUGGCGCUCCUUUAGUGGUAUUUGAAGGCUCAGGACAUGCUCUUCCAAUGGAACAGACCGAAACAUACUGCAAAUUCAUCGAAGAGCUGGUGGAUAACGGCAAGAAUGGUGCCUUUGAGUUGGCCAAGGGGCAAGCCCUGUAAUUAACGAUAAGAAUAAUAAAAAUAUAUCCUUUAAAAAAGAAAGAU